AUGGGCAUUGCUCUAAUAUUUUUACGAUGCACCGUUGGAUUUAUUUUUUUGGCCCACAUCGCCACUGCAGACCUCAGCUACUCCAUUGCCGAGGAAAUGAGACCUGGAUCCAUUGUUGGAAAUAUUGCCAAGGAUCUUGGAAUGGAAGUAGGAAAACUGAUCUUCCGUAAAGCCCGUAUUGAUACCGAAGACAACUACCCGCAUUGCUGUGAUGUCGAUCAGAAAACUGGGAAUUUUGUCGUUAGGGAAAGAAUUGACCGAGAGGAGCUGUGCGGGGAGAAGGUUUCGUGUGUGCUUAAAUUUGAAUUAGUACUCGAGAACCCGUUGGAGCUGCACCGCAUUUCUCUGCUUAUCCAGGAUAUCAAUGACAAUUCCCCUGUUUUCCAGACGGAAACAUUUAAACUCGAAAUUACAGAAUCGGCCGACAAAGGUGCUCGUUAUCGCGUUAACGAAGCACAUGAUGUUGAUAUUGGAAAGAACAGUAUUCAGCAAUACAGUCUCCAAAGUAACCAGCAUUUUGUUCUGUCUGUUCGAGAGGAUGCAGAUGGUUCUAAGAGCGUCGAGCUGGUGCUAGAAAAAGAGCUGGACCGGGAAAAAGAAGACAAUUUAGAUUUCCUACUUAUUGCAGUGGAUGGUGGGAAUCCACCGAGGUCAGGAUCGGCCGUCAUUCAUGUGACUGUGCUGGAUGCUAAUGAUAACGCGCCCGUGUUCGACCAGACAAUUUACAGAGCCAGUUUACCUGAAAACUCUGCUAUUGAUACUGUCGUAGUCACCGUAAGGGCCACUGAUGCAGACGAAGGUGUCAAUGGGGAGGUGUCAUAUGAAUUCAGUCGUAUUUUAGAAAGAGCUAAAAAGGUGUUUUCAUUGAACCCUAAAAGUGGAGAAAUAAAACUAAUAGGACCACUAGAUUUCGAGAGUUUUUCAAAAUAUGAAAUGCGCAUUGUUGCUAAAGAUAGUUAUGGGCUCUCAUCUGACUGCAAAGUCAUGAUCGAAGUUACUGAUAAUAAUGAUAAUGCUCCUGUGAUUUACUUAAAAUCUCUUAUGAACCCUUUACCAGAGAAUGUGUCACCUGGUACAGAGGUGGGCAUCAUAAACGUGCAGGACAGAGACUCGGAGACAAAUGGACAGGUUCACUGUUCUAUUGAGAAAAACACUCUCUUUAAGUUAGUUCCGUCUAUUAAAAACUAUUAUUCUCUGGUGACCACAGGACAACUGGACCGUGAACUAGUGUCUGAUUACAACAUUACCAUCAGUGCCACUGACGAGGGUUCUCCUCCUCUGUCCUCCUCUAAAACCGUUCACUUAUCUGUAGCUGACGUCAACGACAACCCACCUGUGUUUGAGGAACAGUCGUACAGCGCAUAUGUGAGUGAAAACAACAAACCUGGCUCCACCUUAUGUUCCGUUGCUGCUCGAGACCCGGACUGGAGACAGAACGGUACCGUGAUCUACUCUCUGUUACCUGCUGAGGUGAACGGUGCCCCGGUGUCGUCCUAUGUGUCAGUGAACGGAGACACGGGGGUGAUCCACGCUGUGAGGUCGUUUGAUUACGAACAGUUCAGGAGUUUUAAAGUGCACGUGAUGGCCAGAGACAACGGUUCUCCUCCUCUCAGCAGCAACGUGACCGUCAGUGUGUUCGUGUCGGAUGUGAACGACAACUCUCCUCAGAUACUGUACCCCGCCCCGGAGGGCAACUCGUUCAUGACCGAGCUGGUCCCCAAAGCUGCACACGGAGGCUCUCUGGUGUCCAAAGUCAUAGCGGUGGACGCGGACUCCGGACAGAACGCCUGGCUGUCCUAUCACAUAGUCAAAUCCACUGAUCCGGGACUUUUCACCAUCGGUGUCCACAGCGGAGAGAUCAGGACGCAGAGGGACGUUUUAGAGUCUGACAGCAUGAAGCAGAACCUCAUUGUGUCGGUGAAAGAUAACGGACAGCCCUCUCUGUCUGCCACCUGUUCCAUGUAUUUACUGAUCUCUGAUAACUUGGCUGAGGUGCCAGAACUGAAGGAUAUUUCUUACGAUGAGAAGAAUUCCAAGCUGACGUCGUAUCUGAUCAUUGCUCUGGUGUCCGUGUCCACGUUUUUCCUGACCUUCAUCAUCAUCAUCCUGGGUGUGAGGUUCUGUCGUAGGAGGAAGCCCAGACUGUUGUUUGACGGAGCAGUAGCCAUCCCCAGCGCUUAUCUCCCUCCUAAUUACGCAGAUGUUGACGGCACGGGAACUUUACGCAGCACUUACAACUAUGACGCCUACCUGACAACAGGCUCUAGAACCAGUGACUUUAAGUUCGUGUCAUCCUAUAAUGACAACACGCUGCCUGCUGACCAGACUCUGAGGAAGAGUCCUUCAGACUUUGCUGAUGCUUUUGGAGAUUCUGAUGGUUCUCCUGAGGUAGGAACAGAUGUUUUUGUCCAUUAUUUAGUGAAGUUGCAUUUGUUCCUCUUCUCUUCUCAACAAAUACGUUCUGUCUCAGUCACUGUGGUUCGCGAUUUUAAGACUUUUUCAACUGUAGUCGGACUUUGCUGAAGCCUUUGAAGAUCC